AUGCAACACUUCCAGCUAUGGCGAGCUCUCCUCCUGGUAACCGUGCUGUGCCAGCCAGGAAUCUCAGACAAAUACGGCUGCAUGUUUGAGAGAAAACUGUGCAUGAGGGAUCAGUUCUGCUCAGAUGACGGGCUAUUUGGCCAAUGUCGUAGCUCCAAGCAAGACCAGGUCCAGUACCAGGUGUCUGUUCCUGUGCUGAAGAGGAUGCAGGAAGUCCUGAAACAGCUCAUGCUACAAGGUCUUUCCUGGCAAGAUGACAUCACACAAUAUAUUUUGUCAAAGGAGCUGAAGAGAGUUCCCCACACCACUCAGCCCUCUAAGCCGAACUCCUCUUCCUCCUCUUCUCAUUCAUCUCAUCCUAAAUCAGGGUCCACACCUAGUGGUGGCAACUAUGUGGACUACAUGAUUGUUGAGCCUCCUCAGUCCCCACUACGCAUGCAGACUGCUUCCAUGGACCCGUACUCAUACCACCAGGUACACAUACACACACACACAUCAUUAUCGUCCAAAAACAGGUGCGGCUACGUCCGCCCCUCUUCGAGGUCCCAGGCCAAUCAGAGAGAGCGAGAGCGUGACAGGCAGCUGCUACAGGAAGCCUUGUCUCUCUACCUAGCAUCCGCACAGCCUUCUUAUCGCCACCGAGGGGCUGCUUCCAUGGCUCCUGCAGGUCUGCCUUAUUAUGAGGACUUCGAACUGGAGAUGCCAGUGGACUAUGUGGAAGACUACACCCUGGAGGAGAGACUAGGUACUGCUGGCAGACAACAGCCACAGCUGCAGAAUAAAAAAGUUCCUCAGGACUUCAGCACUCUGUCUGGAAAUGGAAAUGAUGGCCUUCUCCAGAGGAUGUCAGCAGUCUUGCAGAGAUACGGAGUUGACCCCAGAGAGCUCAGUCAAGAGCAGCUCUACAAGCUAGCCCUCAUUCUGCAGCUUGUGCAGACCCAAGACAAGACAGAUCCAACUGAGAAAGACCUCAUCACCCUCAAGGAGAUGCAGCUGUUAAAAACAGACAGUGUGUCCCGUAAGCCUGAGAAGCCUGCCCCUGUUCCCAGCCCCCCCGGUGCCCCUCCUGCCCCCUCCUCUGCCUCAGUCCCAGCCACACCCCCGGCCAAGAGCGCCAGCCUCUCCGCGUCUGCGUCCCAGCCUCCGCAGGCCGCUCCUGCUGAAGCCGGACAAGACUUGAAGGAGCAAGGACUGCCACUGGUUGAGGGUACAGGAGCCAAGGAGGAGUAUGGGUACAUUGUCACCAACCGGAGUCCUCUGAGUUUGUAUGAUGGAGUGAAGCUGUUGGAUCUGCUGGCUGAUAAGAUACACCUGACAACCAGCAGCUUCAUCAACAUCAGUGUGGUGGGUCCUGCGCUGACGUUCCGUGUCCGCCAGAAUGAACACAACAUGACGGCUGCAGAGGUGGCUGCUAAAGCUGUCUCUGAAAAGAACUUCCUGGAGUCUGAGACAGGCCUGAAGAUUGUACAGACUGGCGUGGGAGAGAGGACAGAUGCACGGGGUCUCCCUCAGGUAGCCAGGGUUUCCGAGGGCUCCAGUGGGACAGUCAUCACCCUUGUUUCCAUGGCAGUCGUAGGAGGCGUGCUGGUAUUGGCCAUGGCUGUAGCUUGUCUCAGGCACUACACUCAGCAAGUGGCCAAUGGCAAGCUCGGCCUGGGGCCAGAGGGAGGAGCCGAAACACACUUUGACUACCAGGAGCUAUGUCGGCAGCACAUGGCGUCCAAAUCCUCCCUGUGCCGCCAGGACUGUGUGGGCGGCGGGACCAUGGCGGGGUCCGCCAUAGCCACUGGUGCUGGCGGUCGGAGGGGUACGGACACAUCCCGCGUCAGCAGCGUUUCCUCUCAGUUCAGCGAUGGCCCCCAGCACAGCCCGUCCUCCACGCACAGCUCCACCCCGUCCUGGAGUGAAGAGCCAGCCCAGUCUAACAUGGACAUCUCUACUGGUCACAUGAUACUGGCGUAUAUGGAGGAUCACCUGCGUAAUAAGGACCGUCUUCAGAAGGAGUGGGAGGCUUUGUGCUCCUACCAGGCUGAUCCCAGUUCAGUGGCUGUGGCUCAACUACCAGGAAACAUGGACAAAAACAGACACGCUGAGUCGCUCCCAUACGAUCACUCUCGGGUGAAGCUGAAGUCUGAAGUAAACUCCAAUAAACAAGACUACAUCAACGCCAGCAUCAUUUUUGACCAUGACCCUCGCCAGCCAGCGUAUAUCGCCACACAGGGACCACUCGCUCACACUGUCGCUGAUUUUUGGCAGAUGGUGUGGGAGAACGGCUGCACGGUGAUAGUGAUGAUGACGGCUCUGGUGGAAGAUGGAGAGAAACAGUGCGAGCGAUACUGGCCUGAUGAGGGCUCGUCACUCUACCACAUCUAUGAGGUGAACCUGGUGUCAGAGCACAUCUGGUGUAAGGACUUCCUGGUGCGUAGCUUCUACCUGAAGAACGUCCAGACACAGGAGACAAGAACCUUGACUCAGUUCCACCUGCUGAGCUGGCCGGCUGACGGCAUCCCCACCUCCACGCGACCACUGCUCGACUUCCGCAGGAAGGUGAAUAAAUGUUACAGAGGUCGUUCCUGCCCAAUCAUCGUUCACUGCAGUGAUGGCACUGGCAGGGCUGGCACGUACAUCCUCAUUGACAUGGUGCUGAACCGUAUGGCAAAGGGAGUGAAAGAGAUCGACAUUGCAGCCUCACUGGAACACAUCAGAGACCAGAGACCCGGCCUGGUCCGCACCAAGGACCAGUUUGAGUUCGCGCUGACAGCAGUCGCCGAGGAGGUGAACGCCAUCUUGAAAGCCCUGCCACAGUGAGUUGCAGCAGCUGAGGACAGAGCGAGGACAGGCACACAGAAACAAAUACUCAUGAGGACACGCUGGUACAAUGCAGUCAUGUAUGUCUGGCCAUCACUGUAAAUACGAAUUUGCUCCACCACACCUGGAGCAGUUCCUGCUCUUGUUUUCAGCAUGCAGUAUUUCACCAUGUACUCAUUAUUCGGGUUUUGAAAAACCUUUUGGAACUUCAGUUUAUGAAAAGAGCAUUAAAUGAUUUUUGCCAGGAUGAAGACAUGAACAGAAGAUCAAAUGUUUUCCACCCUCAUGGCACAAAUUUGAUCUGUCUUUACUCUCCGAGCUCUCUACCUAUUAAGACAACAAUGAGGCCGUCAGACGUGAACUACAGAGGGUAGAAACCUGGAUACUGUGCCUGUGUGAAACCACAUGAAAUGUUUGCCUGAGUCUGACAGGACAGAACACACUGAUGGUGGUUGAAAUGACAUAAUUUGAAGUGUAUCACCGUUUUCCUAUCUUACUGCCAUCUGACUCCUCAUCAAGCCUUUUACAGGACACGAUGACCUGAAAUGAUCAAUCAGCAUCAGCAGAUGAUUUACCAAAAACAGAGGUUUUGUUUGUUCUGUUCUCGUAACUAAUGUUAAUGUUAAAUCCCUUCACAAACAUAUUAAAUUUCUAAGUCAUCCAUCUUGCUGAUACACAGGAAUGUUUCAGUUCAUUUUAACUCUUGAGUGUGGUGUCACGUGUCCACCAGAAUACUGUGUGCUACAGCCUAGUGUGUGUUGAUUUCCAGCGAGUUUUUAUUUGCGAGUCUUGUCUCUGCCUUGACAACAUGAUUGUUUGCUUUCAGCACUGGUCCUUCUGUAGCGGAUGCUGUACAUUGACCACCGAGUACACGUCGCCUUCUCUCUCCCUUUCCGCACUAAGUAACUUUGUUUGGGUUCU